AUUUAAUGUAUAGUGAAUAAAAUAAGAGAGUAAUUAAAUUAGAUGAAGAUGAGGAAAAUACACCAGAUAAUCUCAUAACAAUAUAUGAGAAGAUGAAUUUGGAGACAGCAGGUAAAAUUUGGGAAUGCGUAUAAUCAUAUUCUUAUAUUAAUAGUCUUUGAUUUUGGGUAGAUAUUUAAUCAAACAAGCUUACUUUAAUAAAAUCGAAUUAGUAAAUAAGAGUGUGCUUGAAUUAGGUUGUGGAACUGGGAUUCUGAGUAUCAUUUUAGGAAAACAAGGUUGUAAUGUAUUAGCCACAGAUUUACCUUAAGUGGAAACCUUAUGUGAAUAGAAUAUAUCGAAGAAUAACAUUAAUAAUAAGGUGAAAUUCAAAAUACUAGAUUGGAAUCAAAGUAAACAUAAAACAGAUUGUUUAAUUGAUAACAAACAUAUUGAUAUUCUACUUGCUAGUGAUCCAAUUUAUAACUAGAAGACAUUUGAAUCCUUUUUUGCUUAAUUAAAGAUAUUAUAUGAAUUGUUAACCAAUAAACCAAUACUCUAUAUGGCAUAUAAAUGUAGACAUGAUGAGUUCGAUAAGAAUCUAGAAGAACAAAUAGAACAAGCAGGAUUAUGGUAUAAAAAAGUUGAUUCGGAACAAUUAGAUGAUUUAUGGAAAUCAUAAUAAUGUAUAGUUUAUAAGAUUGGCAAAUUUUGAUUGUUG